UCGCCGCCGAGACGAGAGCUGACGUGACGCGCGCCGUCAAGCAGAGCGCGCGCAAGGCGCUGCACAAGGCGCCUCCCAGGGAGGCCGGGCGAGCGCUAGCCGAGAGAGGGAGAGCGCGAGCGCCGCCGCCUCCUCCUCCUCCUGGACGUGGCGCCCGCCCCCCGGGCUCCUCCUCGCCGCGGCGCUGCCACGGCCGGCGAGAGAUGUUCACCCGCGCGGUGAGCAGGCUCAGCAGGAAGCGGCCCCCGUCAGAAAUAAACGACAGCGACAGCAAGCCAAGCAGCAGCCACCAAAGUUUAAAUGGCACUACAAGAUGGGCGACAUCGCUAGAACUUUUACUGGAGGAUCCAGAAGGCGUCAAGAGAUUUAGGGAGUUUUUAAAGAAAGAAUUUAGUGAAGAAAAUGUUUUGUUCUGGCUAGCAUGUGAAGAGUUUAAGAAGAUAAAAGAUGAGAAAAAGAUGCAAGCGAAGGCAAAUGAAAUUUACAUGACUUUCCUGUCAAGUAAAGCUUCUUUUCAAGUUAAUGUUGAAGGGCAAUCCCGUUUGGAUGAGUCAAUAUUGGAAAAACCUCACCCUCUAAUGUUUCAGAGACUUCAAGACCAGAUUUUCAGCCUCAUGAAGUACGACAGCUACAGCCGCUUCUUGAAAUCAGAAGUAUUUCUUAAGCUGAAGCAGACCGAAGAACAGGAAGAGAAUUUACCAGAUGCUCAAACUGUAGCGAAAAGAGCUUCUAGAAUUUACAACACAUGAUUGAAA